AUGGUGAAAGGAAAGGCAAAGAAGGUUAGGCCCUCAGGUUUUAGAGUGCCUAAAAUCACAGCUAAGAGGGAGGGCACCUAUGUCCCUAAGCCUAAAGGAACUGGGAGGGAAGGCACUGGAAGGAGAGAAAAAAAGAUGGUCUUUGUUGAUGAUGAUAUAGAUGAUGAAUCAGUAAAUGAUGAUGAAGACUUAAUUGCUGAGGAGGAUGAAUCAAAGAUGAUGAUGUCUUGGGGAUUUCAUUCUAGAGCCCUGGUUGAUCUUCCCAACAAGAGAGGUGUUUUUGGAGGUUCUGAGGGAUUUUUGCAUCCAAGAAGGCUUUGUCUUCUUGUAUUGAAGGCUGAUAAUAAGAGGUUUACAGCUGCUUGCAUAAUGGAAGCAUGUGAAUGUAGGAUACAUGCUUCCAGAUUAACUGAUAAAAUCAGUUGGGCCAUCAAGACCAUUAAGGGGGAACAUACCACUUGUGGGAUGUUAGAGGAGAACCCCAUGGUCUCUUCUGCUUGGUUGUGCAAGAAGAUGUUGGAUGUCAUUAAAACAACCCCUGAUAUACCUGUUGAGUCUUUGCAAAGGGUAGUUCAGGAGAAGUUUAGGGUGACAGUUAAGAAGAGAUUGUUUUACAAGGUAAAAACAAUGGCUAAGGAGGAGAUUUAUGGAGGGUUUGCUGAGGCUUAUAGCUUACUCCCCACAUAUGCUGAGAUGAUUAAGUCAACAAACCCAGGGUCAUAUGCCCUUAUAUCAUGGACAGGCAACACAGGUCAGGAAGCUCCAACUUUCAAGGCCUGUAUAGAUGGUAAUAAUGAAAUCUUUUUGAUUGCAUAUGGGAUUGUUGAUACUAAGAGCACAAAAUCAUGGGAGUACUUUUUUAGGAACUUAAGGUUGUGCUUUGAAAAAGAAGGUUGCAACAAGGAAGAUUGGUGCUUCAUUAGUGAUAGGAUGAGAAGGGUUGAUGUUGUUGUGCAUGGGGUGUUUCCCAAGGCUACUAGGAGGGUCUGCUGCCAGCACUUAUAUAUGAACUGCAAGAACAUGGGCUGGAGUGGAUCAGCCUUCCACAAACUAUUCUGGUUGCAGCAAAUGCCUACAAAAAUAUGUGUUCAACAAAGCAAUGGGGAAGAUAUUGCUCAUGAUAAAGAUGCUGCUGCCUAUCUAGAUAACACCACAGAGCAAUGGUCUAGGCAUAUGUUUGACACAACAAUCAGUUGUGAUCACAACACCACAAACUUUGUGGAAAGUUUCAAUGCCUGCACAAAAGCUCACAGAGAUCUACCUGUGCUCAACCUACUUCAAGAGUGGUCAAUGAAGAGGAUUGGUGCAAGGUUUGACAAGGCUAUUGACAUGGAGCCUGGGCACCUCACUGAUUAUGCUACAAAGGUGUUGGAAAGUAGGAGCGGGGAUUCUAGAUUCUGCCAUGCAACAUCAUGUGGAGGAGGGGAGUUUGAAGUGACAGAUGGUAAUGUCACUUUCCCAAUCAACUUGGCUAGGUUAAGUUGUGGGUGUGGCAAGUGGCAAGGAUGUGGUAUCCCUUGCAAGCAUGCAUUGAGAAUUAUGUACAAUGAGAGAGUUGACCCUGUGGCCUAUGUCUCUGAUUAUUACAAGGGGGCAGCUUACAAGGCAACUUAUGCUGAGCAUAUCCACCCCAUGCCUGAUCAAUCUCAAUGGCCAGAUUUCAACCUCCCACUGAUUCAUCCUCCAAACAAGAAAAGAGGUGCUGGCAGACCUCCAAAACAGAGGAAGAGAGGUGUGAAUGAAGCUAAGAAGGCCAAGAGACACAGCUCUGUGAAGUGA